AAGUGGGAUCCACCGCUAUAAACCAUGCCAAAAGCCAAGGAAGGGAAACGGAAAACUAAAGGGGCUCUGCUGCCCAUCCCCAUACUUCAAAAGUUCCUGAAAACCUAUGAGAAGUAUUGCGCACAGUCCCAAACCUCUGUGUGCCCAGCCAUCAAGAAGGAUCUGAAAAAAAGCAUCGACAGUGAGCGGAUCCUCAAGAAGUUUACACUGGUGAAACCUACCUCCCCCCGGAUCGUCCCGCCCAUCUCCCUGGAGCCUUUGCUCAUGACCAUUCGCGAUGAGUGUUACAAGCUGGGGAAGGAAAUGUGCAUCUGGGGCUUCCAGCUGAGCAACCCGGAGGUCGCCAGGCUCGCUCUGUUUCUGGAAUCGAAGGGGCACACCACCUGCCCCUUCACUACCUUGGAGAUUGUGGACUGCAAGAUGGACCUGUGGUCUCUGGAACGCCUUGGGAAGGCUCUGCAGCUGAGCAGUUUGCGUUCUCUGGUCCUGGAUUACUGCAAAUUUGGAAAUGAAGAAAUUGAGAGUGUCUUGUCAGGUCUGGAGAACAACCAGAGCCUCUACGGCCUCAGCCUGCGGUUCUGCGGGCUGGGCCCUUGGAGCGGGUCAAAGCUGGGCUCCAUCAUCAGCCAGAGUGCCAUUUGCGAGCUUUACCUCGAUGGCAACAGCUUGCUGUGCUCCGGAGCGCUGGCCCUCCUCAGACCCAUAGCAGAGUACGCGGAGAUGAAGGAGAAGGACGGGAUGGCCUCCCCAGCCUCCCCAGACACUGCGACGCCCUCUCAGCUGCUCCAAAUGAGCCAGAGAGGAAGUUCAGUGUUGAGCCAGACUGCAAAAUCCUCUGAGGCUGGGACAGCAAAAACUACUUUGGGGAAGAAAAAGAACAAAAAAGGAAUCAAGAAAAAAGCCAAAGCUCUGGCAGAAGCUGGCCCUUGGCUGGUGAAGUUGCACUUGGCAGACAAUGGCAUAGAUGGAAAGGAAGGCGAACACUUGGUGGAGUUCACUCGGAUUUUAACAUGCCUCAUCAGAUUUUCAGCCCAUUUAAGGGAAGUUGACCUUGGAAGCAAUGCCCUGGGGGAAAUGGCUGCCGCCGACAUCCUGCAAGCACUGAGGGCCAGAAAGACAGGAAAACUUCCUAUACUAAAAAUUACAGUCACUCCCCAGAUCUCUUCUGAUACCUUCACAUCUAUUUGGAAAAACAGCAAGAAAUCGAAGACUAAGACUAUUCAUAAGAAGAAGAAGAAAAUGGCUAAAACACGAAUAUAGAAGCCACAUUUCUGUUUGGAUGCCAUCCCUUCCGAUGGCCAACCAGGCAUGCCCACAAAGACGUUUCUUCUGCAGUAGUAUUUUCCAUUGUCAUCUAUAACUUUUCCAAGUUUUAAAAAUCAAUAACUUUUAUGAAAGUUGGAAGUAGUGUUCAUACUCUCUAUUGCACUUGUCAUUCUCUAAAAUGUGGGUUUUACA